AUGGCCAUGACAGGCUAUACCACCUUGACAAUCAUUAUGGUCUUGUCCUCCACUUUUGGCAUCAUCUUGAAUAUGGCAGUGAUUAUUGUGACAGUAAGGCAUAAACAACUGUAUCAGCCACUAAACUAUGCUCUGGUUAAGGCCCCGGCGGUGUGACCGGGGCCUAAUCUAGCAGUGGCUGAUCUUGGUUGUGCUGUGUUUGGGGCGCUACUCACAGCAGUCACCAAUUACAUGGGCUACUUCAGUCUUGGCAGGUUGGGCUGUGUUUUGGAAGGCUUUGCUGUUGCUUUCUUUGGCACUGCUGGUUUGUGCUCAGUCACAGUUAUCACUGUUGACUGCUACAUGGUGGUAUGCAGACCACUGGGCACAGUGAAGUUCCAAACCAAACAUGCCCUGGCAGGUGUGGUCUUUUUCUGGGUCUGGUCCUUCAUUUGGAACAUGCCACCACUGUUUGGAUGGGGAAGUUACCAAAUGAAGGGUGUGAUGACCUCCUGUGCCCUGAACUGGUAUAGCAGAGACUCAGUCAAUGUCUCCUACAUCCUGUGCUGCCUCAUGCUCUGUUUUGCUCUGCCUUUUGCCACCAUUAUCAUCUCUUACAUGCGUCUCCUUUAUACCUUACAACAGGUGGCUAAGCUGCAAGUAGCAGAAAAUGGAGGCACAACUGAGGCUGAGGUUCAUGUGGCCCGUAUGGUGGUGGUCAUGGCAUUUUUGCUUACAUGGUUGCCAUAUGCAGCCUUUGCCCUAACUGUGAUCAUUGAUUCCAACAUCUACUACAUCAACCCAGUGAUUGCCACAAUACCUGUGUACCUGGCCAAGUGCAGCACUGUCUUCAACCCAAUGAUUUAUAUAUUCAUGAACAGUCAGUUCAGGGGCUAUGCUUUGCCAUAUCUUUUCUGUGGAAAAAAAACCUGGCCAUCCAAUGAAGAAGACUCAAAAAUCAAUACAAGAUUGCAGGUUCACAUCCUGCAGCCAUCAAUGCCACAGGCAUUCGUGACUGGAAGCCGAGGGAGCAAAACUGGCCAUGUUCUCUUGGUGGGAAGGAUGGCAUACUUUCUCUACCCUGCCAAACACAACAGCAAAAAGACUCUCAAUGACAUCUAG